GUUCUAUUUUGUUCAAUUAUAUAACGUAUAUUAUUGCUCUGCUCAAUUUGUUAUUUUUAAUUAAAAUCUAAUUGAAAUAUGAGUUAAAAAUAGUCAUUGUGCAUAAGAGAUACUUGUAGGUUACGAACUUUUGUUAUGUUUAUUGAAAUGAUUUAGACGAGGCUGGGCGAUAGUGUGCUCUACCCAAUCAGAAGCUGUUAGUUUUUGCUGCCUUGCUCAAUCUUCCUUUUCAUCUGCUCCAUGUAUGGCUGCUCUUCCUUUUGUCACUCCCACUUAUCCGCUUGCUUCUCUCUACAGUACCAGAAAACUCCAUAACUCGCCCACCCAUGCUGCGAAGUUGAAUGAGAGUGCUGGGAACUUUCAAAUCUCGUAUAAAUCUUACCUCAACCGGAUAUCUUCUCUAUGCAAAGAAGGCGACCUUCGAGCAGCUGUGGACCUAGUUUCUAAUUUGGAAUUGCAGGGUAUCACAGUUGGACCUGACGUAUAUGGAGAACUUCUUCAGGGCUGCGUUUACGAGAGAGCUCUUUCGUUGGGUCAGCAAAUCCACGGUCGAAUUCUCAAGAAUGGUGAGUUCAUUGCAAAGAAUGAGUACAUCGAAACCAAAUUGGUGAUUUUCUAUUCAAAAUGCGACGAGUCAGAGAUCGCCAACCGUUUGUUUCGCAAGCUGCGGGUACAGAACGAGUUUUCUUGGGCUGCUAUUAUGGGAUUAAAAUGUAGAAUCGGCUUUAACGAAGAAGCUUUAUUGUGUUUUUGUGACAUGCACGAAAAUGGACUAUUCCUGGACAAUUUUGUUAUUCCAAUUGCUUUGAAGGCUUCUGGCUCUCUGCAGUGGAUUGGGUUUGGCAAAGCAAUCCAUGGCUACGCAGUCAAGAUGGGUCUAGGUGGGUGUAUCUUUGUUGCUAGUAGUCUUCUGGAUAUGUACGGUAAAUGUGGGGUAUGUGGAGAUGCAAGGAAGGUGUUUGAUAAAAUUCCUGAGAAGAAUAUAGUAGCUUGGAAUUCGAUGAUUGUUAAUUUUACCCAUAAUGGAUUGUAUGAGGAAGCAAUUGAAACGUUUUAUGACAUGAGGGUGGAAGGUGUUGAACCUACUCAAGUGACUCUAUCAACUUUUCUUUCAGCUUCAGCUAAUUUAAGUCUGAUCAAUGAGGGUAAACAAGGUCACGCCCUAGCAGUGUUAUCUGGACUGGAACUAACCAACAUAUUGGGUAGUUCGCUUAUAAAUUUUUAUUCCAAGAUUGGUUUGGUUGAGGACGCUGAACUGGUUUUCAGUGAAAUGUUGGAGAAAGAUGUAGUGACAUGGAAUUUGCUGGUCUCUGGUUAUGUGCAUAAUGGGUUGGUUGAUCGGGCACUUGGUUUAUGUCGCGUAAUGCAAUCGGAAAAUUUGAGGUUUGAUUCUGUGACUCUUGCUUCAAUAAUGGCUGCUGCUGCUGACUCGAGAAAUUUGAAACUAGGGAAGGAAGGACAUUCUUUUUGUGUUAGAAACAACCUUGAAUCUGAUGUUGCUGUUGCAAGUAGCAUAGUAGAUACGUAUGCCAAAUGUGGGAAAUUGGAAUGUGCAAGACGAGUUUUUGAAUUAACUAUAAAGAGAGAUCUUAUAAUGUGGAAUACUCUGUUGGCUGCCUAUGCAGAGCAGGGUUGGAGUGGUGAAACAUUAAAAUUGUUUUAUCAGAUGCAGUUAGAAGGUCUGCCACCAAAUUUGAUAUCCUGGAACUCUGUGAUAUUGGGUCUCUUGAAUAAAGGUGAAGUUAGUAAGGCUAAAGACAUGUUCUUGGAGAUGCAGUCUCUUGGUGUCUGUCCUAAUUUAGUUACUUGGACCACUCUCAUAUCUGGACUCUCUCAGAAUGGUCUUGGUGAUGAAGCAUUCCUUACAUUCCAAUCAAUGCAAGAAGCUGGCAUCAAACCCAACAGUUUGAGUAUUAGCCCGCUACUUUCAGCUUGCACAACUAUGGCGUCUCUGCGACAUGGAAGAGCAAUUCAUGGUUACAUCACAAGACGUGAACUUUCACUAUCAACACCGGUCUUAUGCUCCUUGGUGAACAUGUAUGCCAAAUGUGGUAGUAUAAAUCAAGCGAAGAGGAUUUUUGAUAUGAUAUUGAAAAAGGAGUUGCCCAUCUAUAAUGCAAUGAUCUCUGGCUAUGCACUACAUGGUCAAGCAGUGGAAGCUCUUUCACUCUUUAGACGUCUAAAAGAGGAAUGUAUAAAACCUGAUGAAAUAACCUUUACUAGUAUUCUUUCUGCUUGCAGUCAUGCUGGACUUGUGACAGAAGGUUUAGAGCUUUUCAUUGAUAUGGUUUCUAAUCACAAAAUAGUAGCACAAGCAGAGCAUUAUGGGUGUCUUGUUAGUAUUCUGUCUAGGUGUCAUAACUUGGACGAAGCUUUAAGACUUAUUCUAGCGAUGCCUUUUGAGCCUGAUGCAUUUAUAUUUGGAUCUUUACUUGCUGCAUGCAGAGAGCAUCCUGACGUUGAACUCAAAGAACGCUUGUCCGAACGCUUGUUGAAAUUGGAGCCAGAUAAUUCAGGAAAUUAUGUGGCACUGUCAAAUGCAUAUGCUGCUACUGGAAUGUGGGACGAAGCAUCAAAGGUGAGAGAUCUGAUGAAAGAAAGGGGUCUAAGGAAGACUCCUGGGCAUAGCUUGAUUCAGAUUGGAAACAAAACACAUGUAUUUUUCGCUGGUGAUAAGUCACACUCCAAGACAAAGGAAAUUUACAAGAUGUUGGCCCUCCUUGGAAUAGAAAUGCAAGUCACUAGAUGUAUACCUGUGAUUAGUUAAGCUGGUAUCUUACAUUUCCAUUCUUGAGAAUGAGGAUGUCAUAUCUGUACAGGUUGAUGCAUGUGCUUUUUAAUUAGCACAGAGGAAAUAGUGAUUGCUUAAAUGAUUAGUGGCCUUCUCCGACUAUGUUGAGGUUACACGGACUUGAAGACAGCUGCAAAAUAUAAUUUACCCUGGCUUAAAAAAGAAUACUCUGGGUUUUGGAAUGUUAUUCCCUUUGGACGGCUCGAAAUGCUACCUAGUUGAGGAAUCUACUAUUACGAUAAGAGUAUUGCACUGCACAAGCGCCUGUUAUGAGAGAUUUGAGACCUUCGGGUUUGUUUUUAGCUAUGACAAGAAUCUAGGAACAAGUAGAUUAACCAAUUGCACAUCUGAGUUCAUCUUGGACUAAAUUUGAGCUGAUUAGCAACUAUGGAAUUUAUAAACAUCAUGAUGCAGUGCUCGAGAAAUCCAUUUAUCAUUUUCUAUAUUGAAUUGCAUUGCUGAGAACCAGUGGUGCCAAGUUGUGCAGGAUUGUGUAUGCAAGCUGUACGAGUUGCUUUCACGUCAAACUCAGGUUUUUGGUCUUUAGUAAAGUCCGUGAAUGAUUUGAUUCUCUUACUGUAUAUCAUUCAGUUACCAUUACCAAUUGGCCUGUCUACUAGAAGCACACCAACUUUGCUUGCUCUCUACUAUGAAUAUACCCAGCCAUAUGAGUUGGAAUGUUCCCAAUCAUAUGAGUUGGAAUGUUCUUAACUUA